CAGAGACUUGUGUGGUUUGCUUGAGUUGUGCUGCCACAUAGCUGCCAUGGAGCUGCUGAUGGAUGGGGUUAUUGACACCCAUAUUCAUCUCAGUGAGCAUUACAAGGGAGGGCUGCCCAACUCCUGGCAUCCCAAAGUCGACUCGCCGGGCUUCCAACGAGAUUGGAGCUUGGAGGACUUUCGCGCCUCCACGAAGCGUGGAGCCGGCGGAGCCUCACGCUUCGGGGUGGUGGGCGCCAUCUUUGUGGAGUGCUUCAAUGAGGGGCCACUGGAGGAAGCCCAAUGGGUUUUAGACUUGAUGCAGAAAGAUCCCUUCCUUUUGGGCCUCGUGGCCCAGAUUCGUGUCCAGCAGGGCCCCGAGCAUGUGAAGGCCUUCCUCGAGAAGAUCCGCCUGCCCAGCGGCGAGUUGCCCAAGGGCCUCAAAGGCGCCCGUUUUGUGUUCAUGGCUUGCGAGAACCAAGCGGAUGACGCCUGCUUAGAUCCCGUCUUCCUCGAGGGUCUUCAGGUGCUCAGCGAUGCACAGCUGCUCUGGGAGUUCUGCUGUGAGCCGCGGAUGGCGCUGCAUUUGCCCAGCUGCAUCAAGCGUUUCCCCAAGAUGACCUUUGUCAUUGACCACCUGGCGCACAAUGGCUCCAAGGGGGGCGACAUGGACACUUGGAGUCCCGCCAUUGAUGCCCUUGGUCAGCUGCCCAAUGUCUACAUGAAGAUGGGCGCUACUGAACAGUGGGAGGUUGAGGACCCAGGUGCCUACAUGGACCGGGCCAUCAAGGCCUUCGGCUUUGACCGGAUUCUUUAUGAGUCCAAUUGGUUCGUCAACGAGGCCAUGGGCGAUGCCUAUGACCGCACAGCUACCCUCCUGUACGAAGCCUGCCAGCGCGCCGGCGCGAGCGACCUGGACUUGGUCAAGGUCUUCCGAGGCAACGCCUGCCACGUGUAUCAACUGGAUCUCUAGGCGUUGCUGCGCAAGCUGGGCCGACAUGCAGGAGGAUCUGGCGUCCUCAUCCGCGCAG